GGACUACCAGUUGAAAUUGCGUUGUAAUGCGUUGAGCUUCUGAGACGGAGCUGUGUUGGAAUUUGCUUGUGUAGAUCAUUUUGUUGUUUACGUUGAAUAUCCAGAGCCUAUCGGAUCUAUAACUAUACAUGUUGUAUUAAAUACGUUUCGGGAUGGUGUCAUUUGGGGAACCAUGGACCGUGAGUGGAGAAGCGAUUGGGUUUUAAAUCUCGUCGGCGACUAUUCACUCGGUCUCACCUCUUGUCCGAUAGCUUUUGACUGAGCGGAUCAAGCUACAGGCUGGAGCGGGUUUAUUAUUUUAUUUUCUGCAUCAAGUCAAGGUUGUUUCACUCGUUCGGGGAAUAGUUAACUAAAGCGAAAAGGAUUGAUUAUUUGUAUUAAAUAGCCGAGGUUUUGUAUUCAAAUAGCCGAGGUUUCUUUCAACUCUUCAGAAGCUUGACCGUGAGACUGACCAGCACUCAGUUGUCCAGAAAAAUGGAGGCUGUUAUUGAGAAAGAAUGUAGUGCGCUGGGGGGACUUUUCCAAAGUGUGAUAGGCGACAUGAAAAGCAGCUACCCCAUCUGGGAAGACUUUAUCAGCAAGGCUGGAAAACUACAGUCUCAACUCAGGGCAACGGUGGUUGCAGCUGCAGCGUUCCUGGAUGCCUUUCAGAAAGUGGCUGACCUGGCCACCAGCACACGAGGAGGCACCAGAGACAUUGGUUCAGCUCUAACCAGGAUGUGUAUGAGACACAGAAGCAUCGAGGCCAAGCUGAGACAGUUUUCAAUGGCUUUCAUGGACUGCCUAAUCAACCCUCUACAGGAUCAGAUGGAGGAGUGGAAGAGAGGAACCAACACUCUGGAUAAGGACCACGCCAAAGAGUACAAGAAAGUUCGGAGUGAAAUCAAGAAGAAGUCUUCAGACACUCUAAAGCUGCAGAGGAAGGCAAAGAAAGCUGAUGCCCUGGGUCGAGGAGACGUCCAGCCACAGCUGGACAGUGCCAUGCAGGAUGUCAGUGAUAAAUACCUGCUGCUGGAAGAGACAGAGAAACAGGCCGUCAGGAAGGCCCUCAUCGAGGAGAGGAGCAGGUUAUGCACCUUCGUCUCCAUGCUACGACCUGUCGUGGAUGAGGAGAUCUCCAUGCUAGGAGAGGUCACCCACCUCCAGACCAUAUCUGAUGACCUCAAGAUGCUGACCAUGGACCCUCACAAGCUGCCUCCCGCCAGCGAACAGGUGAUUCUGGAUCUGAAGGGCUCUGACUAUAACUGGUCCUAUCAGACUCCUCCCUCCUCCCCCAGCGCCACUAUGUUCAGGAAGUCCAGUAUGUGCAGCAGUCUGAACAGCAUAAACAGUAGUGACUCUCGCUCCAGCGGCACAUCCCACUCUCACUCCCCCUCCUCCUCCUCCUCCUCCUCCCACUACGGCUGCCGUAGCUCCACCCUGCCCCAGCAGGCCCCGGCCCGACUGUCCUCCAUCUCCUCCCACGACUCAGGAUUCAUCUCCCAGCCAGACGCCUACACCUCCAAGUCACCAUCACCCAUGCCCCAGGAGACUCUACCGCAGCCUUGCUCCAGCUCUGGCUCGUCUGAGGCCUCUGAGACCUGCCAGUCAGUCAGUGAGUGCAGCUCUCCCACCUCCAUGGGCUCUGGAGGGCCUCUGGCUGCAGCUGACAAGUUGUUUAACGGGUAUGACCACUACGGGGAUCAUCAUCAUUCAGACUCUCCCUACCUGACGGGAAGGGGUUCAGGCCUGGGGGGGUCCUACCCCUUCUUCCCUCCCUCCUCCCACUCCUCCUCCAUCACCUCCUCCUCCUCCUGUCCGUCCCAGUCGUGGUCCAGGCCGGGCUCGGCGGCCCUUCUACCUAAAUACCCUCAUUACUGCACUCUGGGGCCUAACAUGGUCCCCACCUCUAAAGUGCCCAGCUGGAAGGACUGGGCUAAGCCAGGACCCUACGACCAGCCCAUGGUGAACACCCUUAGAAGGAGGAAGGACAAGGAGCCUGCACCAGCAGACAUCAGUUCUGUCCCACUACCAGCUGGAGUCAUCCCAGCACCAGAGAACAGGAGUCUACCACUACCGCCACCCUACAAGGUGUGUGAGAUGGAGGCCCAUGAGGAGUUGACCCUGGCCCUGUCCAGAGGUCUGCAGCUGGACUCACAGACACAGCGUUCCAGUAGAGACUCUCUACAGUGUUCUAGUGGCUACAGCACCCAGAGUACCACGCCCUGCUGUUCAGAGGACACCAUACCUUCACAAGUGUCAGACUACGACUAUUUCUCCAUUGGAGGGGACCAGGAGGUUGACCAGCAGGAGUUUGACAAGUCCUCCACCAUCCCCCGUAAUAGUGACAUCAGCCAGUCCUACCGUAGGAUGUUCCAGUCCAAGAGACCAGCGUCGACCGCCGGCCUACCUUCCACGGCUGGCCCCGUCAUCAUGACCCCUGGGGUCGCCACCAUCCGCCGCACGCCCUCCACUAAGCCCUCUGCUCGCCGCGGGAUCACCGGCCCCAUCCCCAUCCGGACCCCCGUCAUCCCAGUCAAGAUCCCCACCGUGCCUGGCCUAGUGGGGGGAGGAUUCCCUGGGGAGCUGGGGCUUCCUGGAGGAUCAGGAGUAGGGGCGGAGGAACCAGAGGAGGCCCAGAGCCCUGAGUCUCCAGCCCAGGGAGAAGAGGGGGAGCUGGGUGUACUUCCCCUGGCGUCCUGGAGUGGUCAAGCAACCACCAACCCUCCCCUGGCCCCUCACCAGCCUGUGUUCCAGUGUCAGGGCGAAGGGGGGUCCCUGGAGGAUGGGGAGGUUAUGGAUGGUCAGGGGGGAAACAUGCUGCUGGCUAUCCAGAGAGGGGUCAAGCUGAAGAGGACCAAUACCAACGAUCGCUCAGCGCCGCGCAUCGCAUAAGAGGAGAGCCACAGUGGCACCAUGCAGCAUCAGAGGAGGGUAGCCUGCCUAGCUGUACCUAGCUAGCCUACCACCUGCCCAUUGAGAGGACAGACAGGACAGAACUCAUGUCCACUGCGCUAAGGGGGGUCUCCUGUAUAGUACUUACCGUCCACCUGCCUCACAGACAGACAGACAGGACAGAACAGAACAGAACUCAACUCAUGUCCAUUCCAAGUGAUGCUGUGUGUGGUGACAGACAGAGCUCUGAACGUCAUCUCAGACGGUGCAGAAGGUGGUCUCCUUGGACAGACAGUGAAGCAGCACAGAAUGUUUCUUUUCAAGAUGAAAAACAGACAAUUAUGUUAUCUUUUAGUUCUGAAUAUGUAAAUAAUUAUGCAUGUUAUUUUCUAUUUUUUGCUUCCUGGGCCCAGUUCUGUUGACUCUAAUCCUCCCACCCCCAUUCCUCCCCACCUCAGUUCUGUUGACUCUAGUCCUCCCACCCCAUUCCUCUCCACCUCAGUUCUGUUGACUCUAGUCCUCCCACCCCAUUCCUCUCCACCUCAGUUCUGUUGACUCUAGUCCUCCCACCCCCCAUUCCUCUCCACCUCAGUUCUGUUGACUCUAGUCCUCCCACCCCCAUUCCUCUCCACCUCAGUUCUGUUGACUCUAGUCCUCCCACCCCAUUCCUCUCCACCUCAGUUCUGUUGACUCUAGUCCUCCCACCCCCAUUCCUCCCCACCUCAGUUCUGUUGACUCUAGUCCUCCCACCCCCAUUCCUCUCCACCUCAGUUCUGUUGACUCUAGUCCUCCCACCCCCAUUCCUCCCCACCUCAGUUCUGUUGACUCUAGUCCUCCCACCCCCAUUCCUCCCCACCUCAGUUCUGUUGACUCUAGUCCUCCCACCCCCAUUCCUCCCCACCUCAGGUUCCAAGGUGCCAAAUUAUUUGAAGCUAUUGAAAGGACUGUUUUAGAUUUAUUGUGAAGAUUGUUGCAUCUUAGUGUGAGAACUAUCAGGAACACUUGGUAUGUGAACCGAUUUCAUGUUUCAUUUUCAUAUUUUCAGAUCUACAAUACACAAUAGCUCUUGUAAUAGGGUUUAUGUUAUGUUCAGUAUUUAAGCUGUUUUUAAUAGCAUGUGUUUGCCAGUUAAGCAAUAAUCUCUUGGUAACAACUUACUUUUACAUUAUACUGUACAUUUCCACAAUUCAAAUGUGUGCCAUGAUGGAGCUAAUAAAACUGUCACUAUCACCAAUACAGACAAUAAUACAACAUAUGAGAAAGGGAAGGUUGACUUAUUAUGGGGCGGGGUGAAUGGUGUACAGGGUUGAGAUGUUUUGCCUAGAAGAGAAAUAAAGGUUGCAUUUGAUUAUGUCAUGUUA